AUGAGAUUAUCCACCUUAUUAGUAGUUGCUGCUUCUACCGUUACCGUAUUCGCUGCUGAUACCAGUAGUACUUCCGAACAUUCCUCAGCAAGCUCGAUUGCUUCCAAAGUGGAAUCUAAAGUUUCUUCAGCAGCAUCCGAAGUGGCAUCUAAAGUUACAUCAGCAGCAUCUGAAGCAAAAUCAGCUGCUUCUUCCGUUUUAUCAGCCGCAAAGUCUGGUGAAUCUUCCGCAACUAAAUCUGGUUCUACAUCUAAAGCUGAAGCUGCUGGUAUUGUAGGUGCUGGUGUUGGUGGUUUAGCUGCACUUGCCGGUGUUUUAUUAUUAUAA